AUGUUUGCUCUAGCUGUAGUUAUUUAUAGUUACAUGUGUUGUAAGAAAGUGAAAAACUAUACUUUUGAGUACUGUUGUUCUUUUGAUAAUAGAUGCUCUGUUGCUUUCAUAUUAGAUGCUGCUUUCUUUUGCGAUAAGUUCUCGUACCUAAAAUAUUGCUACUUUUCCUGGGAAAUAUCAAAAAAUAAAUUACCUGCGACUCUUGGUACGCCGUCCUGUGCUGCAACGUGUGCAGCUCAUGAAGCGGUGUCGUAUGAAAAUGCUGAGGCUGGUGAAGCCUAUGAUACGGCUGGUAUCUGUAACAAAAGAAAAUAUAAUGAUAAGAAAUCGUCUAUCUUUAGGGCGAAGUUAGCUUAUAGCUUUACCCUUAACAAAAAUAUAUAA